UAUUUUCGUGGCGGCAAUUAGGAAAAUGUGCAAAGCAAACCAUUGACCUAAACCCCCAAAUCUUGUCUUCCUCACAGCUUCCUUCCACGGCGGGCCAACAAGAUCAGAGGACGCCAUGAACGCGGUUGGAGGGUCAAUCUCCUCUUCGGCUUCAUUAUUCUCCCUCGGCGCUGUUCGCUUCUUCAAUUGGCCCCUCCUUAUUAGCAGCUACUCCUCCUCCCCCUCCUCAAAAAUCCUAAUCCCUACGUAUUCUAACAACAGGACUCUCAAGUCUAUUACUAUGCCUCAAUCCUCAUCUUCUUCCGCCUCCACUACACAACCAUCUGCCGCCGAAGCCGUUACACCCUCGCCGUCGGAGGUGGCGGUGGAGGCAACGAAGCCCAAGCCAAAGCCGUGGCUCAUCGUCGGCCUCGGCAACCCCGGCAAGAUGUACAAUGGCACCCGCCACAAUGUGGGUUUUGAGAUGGUAGAUGCGAUAGCUGAAGCUGAGGGGAUUUCUAUGAGCUGUGUUUCCAACAAGGCCAUUUUCGGGAAAGGGUUAAUUGGAAAUGUCCCAGUUAUGCUUGCAAAACCACAAACUUUCAUGAAUGCAAGCGGUCAGUCCAUUUUUGAUGACCUAGAUUUGCCUUUUGCAAAAUUAAGGUUACUGCCUAAAGGUGGACAUGGAGGACACAACGGCAUGAGGAGUGUGAUUGACCACUUCAAAGGAAGCAAGGAUUUUCCUCGGUUGAGAAUAGGCAUCGGGAGGCCUCCUGGGAAGAUGAAUCCUGUCAGCUUUGUUAUGCGCGCCUUUAACAAGCAAGAACGACAAGAGUUGGAUUUCGCAUUUCAAAAUGGCAUAGAAGCGGUGCGGAUUCUUUUGCUGGAAGGUUUCGAUAAAAGUGCAACAUUUGUCAACAGUGCCAAAUAUUUGGAACAGCUUAGUUAAAGAAUGCCUCCCAAGGUUUUGCUCCUUAGAAAUGCUCCAAAGUUUUGUUAUAUUGAGGAUUGAUGAUAUAUGGAAGAAGAGGCUGUGUUUUACACACCAGUUGAUGGUGACGGUUUUCUGUUCUUGGUAAACCUGUGAGCAUGAAUUACUGGAAAUUCCGCCAUCCGUGGUAGUUGCAAGCACUUCGGGAGUCUGCCGGAUUCAUUCUUUGAAGAGCCCUCAGAGCUGUGUUUUUGAUAUACAUGUACUAAUUUUUCUAAUCGUGAUUUACAUUUACUUGAAUGAGUGAGAAUUUGUUUUCUUAACAAGAAUGAGAGUAAUAUUAUGACCAAUCAAUUUAUUUAUUUAUUAUUUUACAUGUAUUUGGUCUCAAUUAUUCAGAUUGCAAAGCCCUGUUAGGAUUUUCAUGUUUUCCAAGGUACCUAUUUUUGGGAGUCCUUGGUUGUACAUUGGAUUUGCAAAGACUGUUUUGUUUCGGGUACA